CGCCAUCGACGGCAGAAGGUCCAAUCGCAGCUGGUUUGCAUCAUGUACGUCUCUGCGCCUCUUCUCGUUUUACUCGUCCAACGGCUGGCGUCCGGCUUCCCGGCGAAUGACCGUGGUGGGAUUUGGGGAUCCGGAUUUGUGGAAGACAUUGGAGAUGAAAUUCCCAGAUCUCCAUUCCUGCCCGACAUUUCGGCUUCGGGGCCUCAAUUGGGACGGUUCGACUUGGGUGACCUCGGGGACGCAUCCUUGUGGGCAGGAGAGAAAUUGAACGAAGGAGUCAUCAGAGAAGGCGGAAAGGAUUUCAUCAACUGGGUGAAGGGGAUCGCGAAGUCGAAGAAGCUAAAAGAAGUGAACGCCAAGCUGGGAAGUUCAUGUUGAAAUGGUUGGCUGCAGGGGUCCUGCGAGAGGCAGGGGCUGACAUCUAUGACUGGGGCAAGGGGAAGGUGAAGAAGCACUUUUAAAUUGACGAAAUUAUUAUUUCCGGUUCUCCGCGGUUGUUUUCAGUGUCUGUUCUGUGGAAAGGCGAUUUUUGCCCUUUGUUUCAAUAAAGAUGGUGUUACGC